CCGCAAGGUAUUGGUGCGACCUUCACCGGCAGUCGGGAGUCAGUCAGUGCUUGCCCGCCAUGACUCCCGGACCCGCCGCGGGAGCAGCUUGCGCGCUGCUGUGUUACCUCACGUGGAUAUUUCAUCUGCAAGUCGCGGCAGCUUUUCCCAAUACGACGGUCCAGAGCACACAAUCGAAGCCUGACGUUACUUUCUUUAUUUAUCUCAAACCUGAUGAUCCCCCAAUAAUCGACGAUUUCACAAAAUUGACUCGAUCCAAACCGUUACUCCUCAUCAUCCAUGGAUUCAAAGGCGACCACACCGCACGAUCCAUGGAAUGCAUCAAACAAGCCUGCCUGUUGAGAGGGUUGCCUAACGUGGUAAUAAUGGACUGGGGUCCACUGGCAGACUCUCCCAACAAGAGCGCUCUAGGGGCCUACAACGAUGCGGUAGGUAAUGGAGUGGUACCUGCAGCAACCCAAGCUGUCCAGUGGUUGCAGAAGGCGUUGGAAUAUAUCAACAUGUCCCCUGAGGACGUCCACAUAGUGGGCUUUAGCUUAGGAGCUCAUGUAGCGGGCGUGAUCGGACACCUCUUCAACUCCCAAAUAGGAAGAAUAUCAGGUUUGGAUCCACCCCACUUCGGUUACGAGAAUAUCGUCAAAGAGUCUCGACUGGACGAUUCGGACGCUAAGUUUGUAAUCGUGAUACACACCACCGCUGGAAUCCUCGGCUACACACGUCCCAUUGGUCACGCUGACUUCUAUCCCAACGGUGACGUCGUGCCCCAGAGUGGCUGUCCCCAUCACAACCCAAUAGACAUCAUAACGUGCAGCCAUUACUUCGCCUUCUGUGUGUUUGCUGAGAGCAUCUUCAACCCUAAUGCCUUUGUCGGCACAGAGUGUCCCAGCUGGAAGAAGUUCACUCAUGGUUCCUGCAAGAACAACACUAAGGUUCUCAUGGGUUACAGCACACCUAGCACAGCCCGCGGUGUAUUUUACCUCGAAACGCCCUCCAAGACGCCCCCAUUCGGUGAAGAUGACAAAGAAAAUCCGUUGCCACCAGAACUUCGCCGCAUGUUGGAGUACACGAAGAAUGACAGCAUUAUAAAACCCAUUGACAUGAUGGACUUCCUGAUGAACAAGGAGCCAUCACAACGGGCGGCCGGGGAUGACCCGGGUGUUAAGAGUCUGGAGGGUCUGAAGGGCCUGGAGGGUCUGGAAGGCCUGGAGGGUCUUGAAGGCAGUUCCAUCUCAGAUGAUAAGAAGGUGAUGCGAGUAAAAGCCUGCACACCACGCUUCGACUACCCCGAACCCUCCAGCCUUCUUAGAAAAUUUAGCCUCUGCCAUCCAAUCUUCCAAGGUCAUCAUUGCCGUAUUUGCUGGAAUAUCAAUUAUAAGAAUAUAUUGUAUUAGAUGCUGACCCACGUUUAAGUUGCAAUUAUGGUAUUAUGAGUUACCUGAUGGAAGUAGGUGAUUGACAAAUUUUCUGAAAUUUCCCUUACUUUAGAAAAUUUCUCCUGAAAAUUUCUUUCUGUGAUAUCUGUGAUAUGUAGCUAGAUUAUUGUUAUGGAAAACCUAAUUAAAUACUCAAGAGUAAUUUCAUCAUAUUUUUAGUGAUUCAUAGUUUAUAAAAUUAUGCUAAACGUAUAUAACACACAAAAUACUAUUUGAUUUAAUAACCGCGGGUAAACAAUAUCCGGAUCUAAGCUGAACAAUAUUAUCUUCAUAAAUAAAUACACUUGAUUUAAAAAUUAUAUUUUUUAUUAAAACUAAUGAAAACCCUCUUGAAUAUUUAAAUAUUUAAAAUAGUUACUCCUGCAAUUAGUGCAUGUUUGGUAUGAAACGUUUGAUUGUAGGUUUUAUCCAAAUAACCCUGUCAAUUUGCUUAUAUUUUGAUACUUGUAAUUCAUUACAGCUAUUUAAAAAGUGAUCGUAUAUUUUGUUAUAGUAGUUGAGAAAUCUUUUCCUUUUUUUAAAAUAAGGUCAAAGCAGGUGUUAAUGUCAGGUAGUGAGAUUCCGUCAAGAGAGAGAGAAAGGUUAAUUCUCAUAUAUGUCUGAAAUAUUUUUAUAGUAUAUUUGGUAAUGUUGUCAAAUUAUUACAACUAUAAAUUAUUGAUUAUAAUAUGUUUGCGCCUUAACUAUCAAUCUAAAUUCAGUGAGUGUUUUGAAUGAAAAUUUUAUAGUGUUAUGGACUUUCCAUGACAGAAUGUGUAAUAAGGGAGUGCUCUUUUACAAUGUAAGGUAAAAUAAAAGCUCAUACAGAGUUAGUUAUCAACAUUAUGAUAUUACAGUCAAGCUAAGAAUAUUAGCUUGCUCAUUUCGUUUUAUAUAAGUUCUACAGUUUUAAAAUUACUAAAGGUAUAGACAUGUAAGUAAUAUUAAAAAUGGAACAAUUGCGUUUUAAAACUUUUUACAGAGUAAUAACACUUUUUAAAUGUUUUAUAAUAUUUUAUGAACUAAACUAAAUGAAGUUUUUACCAAAUAUCAUGAAGUUUCAGAGGAAAUAACAUUAAGCAAUGUUGGCUUUUAGAGCAUCAAAUCUUAAUUAGCUGCUUCGCGUUUGUGGCAAAGCGCCUCCUUUAAUAACGGUUAAUGUUCGAUCAAAUAUGUACUUUGUCUCUUUUGUAGGCGAAUUCAAACUCCACCUCUUGUCUCGAGGGAGUAAAGCCGUUGCUUCAUGUAGUCACGCUAAAAUGUUCAUACAUUUGUGUGUGAGUCGUAUUACAUGUAGGGAAAGGUAUUAUUUUUAACAUAUAUAUCGUUAAGUAAGAGUUAAAAGUAUAAUUAACUAAUAAAUGUUUAAUACACGUUACACUCCGCACAAACUCCAUUAUAUAACUAACAAAACUCGAGAACCGACCUAAGAGUUGUCAUUGGGCUUGUACAUAGAGUUACCAUAUAGAUCUUGCCUUUCUACAUUUUUAUGGAAAUAAUUCACAAUUUAUCGUUACUUAAUUAACUAUAGGUGAUGAUAAUUCACCCAGUCAAUAAUCAUUGUAGAUGUCUGAUUCUGUAUAUAGCCCAUUAGGUAAUUAUCAUGCUAUGCUUAAUACCAAUAGUUUUGGUACUAAAUCCAAAAUUAUGUUUUUGGAAAUUGUCAAUCUUUUGGUUUUUAUUCAAAUUCAUGAAGGUUUUUGUAAUUCCUUUGCAUGAGUACUUCAUGCUCCUCUUAAUCAGUGGCUGAAGUUUAGUUUUAGUCUCUUUAGACUUGUCUUUAGAAAUAAAAAUUUAGAAGACCAGUGCUUUCAGUACGCAUAGCAUGACUUUUAAUGUAAAUAUAUUUAGAAGUUAUAUAAAUUAUUAUUGUUUAGUAAAUUGGAGCUAUUUAGUAGGUCUAAUGUAUGGUGGAUAUUUACAUAGAAAUGAUUAUCUUGUUAUUUAUAUUGUGUGUAAUGUAUGCUUGACGAAAAUCUAUGUUGUUGUGUAAUGAUAAAGAGCUACUUACUUUGUUAACUACAAAUGUUUUUCAAGUAUUUUAAGUGUUGAAAUGUAUUUUUGUUUAUUUACCGAACACAAAUUUUUCGAAAAUAAAAUUUAUUUGUGAACAAGAC